AUCCAUCCAUGGAGCUCACCGGCCGGACGUUCCUCGUUCUGUCCAACUAAUUACUACGCGCGUUCCUGUUCGACCCACGUACCUGCGCAGGCGCGGCGCGGGGAUCGAUGAAGGCGAACGGCAGCAAGAGCAUGUCGGCGCACCUGACGUGUAACAUGGCGCCCAGCCGCGGCGCCGGCGCCGUCGACGACGGCCCGCCGCAGCCGCAGACGGCCACCUGCUGCACGGCGCUGCAGCGGGGCUUCCCGGCGGACGGGAAGCCGACGCAGUCGCGGUUCGCCCCCGUGAGGACGCCCGGCUCGGCGGCCAUGAUGCUGCACGCCGACGACAACGGCCCUAUAGAGGAGGAGGAGCCGGAGGAAGGGGAGGGGCAGCAUCAGCAGCAGAAGCAGAUGCAGAAGCAGGCCACAACGCCGACCAAGAGGGCGGCGGCGGCGACCAAGACGAUGAUCAAGAAGAUGGUGCGCAAGUGCAAGUCGUCGGUGGCGGACGUGGACGUGGCGCGGCUCGGCGACGCGGCCCCGCAGACGCCGCGUCUCCGGCGCAGCGGCGCCAUCCGCCGGGAAUGGAGCUUCGAGGACCUCCACGGCGGCAACAACGCCGCCUAAGCACCUAUGUAAAAUAAAUAAAUAAUCUUGGAUCCGUCUGGAAAAGCCAUGCAUGAUCCCACAGUUCGAAUCAAGAUCGACAUGCAUGCAAUGCAAGUGUGUGUGACUGCCCAGCCAGGCAGCUUUGAUCCGAUUGGCCUGCAUCAAUCCUGAUAGUAUACAACAAAUUUGAUCAUGGUAAAAGAUUCUCCAUUCGGUUAACAACAAAUUUGUCUACGUGGGGUAGUGGCUCGAGUAUAUAUGUUAUGUAUCUGUAUAGUGCAAGGUAACUGUUCUCUAUGGUGCAAUGUACAUAUGAACAUUAUUCAUUGUUGCGAACAAUCGUCCAUUUUUCAUA